UACAUGAAGGAAAUCUUCCUGCAGUAUAUAAGCAACUAAAUCAACGACUGUCUGAAGAGGAUUAAUUAAAAUGCUGAUCUUAUUCCAACUGCUGCUGCUGCUCGGAGAGACGCGAAGCGCAUUCAGUCAGAUCAUUGAGACAAAGACUGCUGAUGUCGGAGAUGAAGUGAAGUUGACGUGCAGCCGCCGCGAGGGUUCUGAUUUCACAGCCAAAAACCUUUUUUGGAUCCGGCUUGUUUCUGGAAACUUGCCUGAAUUCUUGGGAGGAACAUUUUCCUUCGAUGAUGAUCGUGUUAAUGAGACUCCUCACUUUACAGUCAAGCAAGAGCCUGGAAGCUUUGUUCUGUACAUUAAUAAAGCAGAGCCGAGUGAUGCUGGAGUUUACUACUGCAUGGAACAACUUAACCUUGACAUGAAAUUAUUGAAUGGAACAUUUCUGAAAAUUAAAGGACCAGAACCUGAUAUAACUGCCGUCAUUCAAGUCCCUCCAUCUGACCCGGUCGGUUCAGGAGACUCUGAGACUCUGCAGUGUUCCGUCCUGUCCGACUCUGACAACCACACAUGUCCAACAUAUGACAAGCUGUACUGGUUCAGAGCUGAUGAAUCUCAUCCCAGUUUAGUUUAUAUUCAUGGCAGUAGUGGUGAUGAAUGCGACGGGAGCCUUGAAGCUCACUCACCCCACAGAUGUGUCUUCAAUUUCUGUAAGAGUUUUAGUUCCUCUGAUUCUGGGACUUAUUACUGCGCUGUGGUCACAUGUGGAGAGAUUUUAUUUGGACGAGGAAUAAAACUGGAAAAUGAAGUGGACAACAUGUGGCAUCUACAGAAGGCCAAUACAGUUCUGUGUCUGUUAAGUGCUGCAUUGGCGAUAAGUCUGAUUGUUGUUGUCGUCCUGUUCAAAAAGAAAACGUGUGAUUGUUGCAAAGCUGGAGUUUCUUUACAAACAGAGGCUGCAGCAGUCGGUGGUAAUCCGCCAAGUCAGCAGAGACACGAGGACUCAUUGGUUUAUUCUGCACCGACCUUCAACAGGAGGAAGGCUGGUAAAACAACCGGGAGAAGAAAUGAAAAACCUGCAGAUAAAGAAACGGUCUACUCUGAUGUCAGAGCUUAUGCGAUAGAUUAACAAUCCAAACAGUCAACUUUUGGUUUAAAUAGCUAUUAUUAUUCUGCUUGUUACUCCCUCACUGCAAUAAACUCAACUAAAUCUCCACUGUUUGCUGCUCUAACUCCUAAAUGGUGGAACGAGCUCCCUAUCAACAUCAGGACAACAGAAAGUCAACACAUCUUCCACUGCAAACUAAAAAUACAUCUCUGUCUACUUUACCUUAAAUUAAAAAAAGGAAAAAAAACUGAAACUACCCUCCGGCACUUUGUAGUUUGGCUUCUUGAAGAAACUGUUACUUUCUUGAUUCUUGUUGUUCUGGGUUCGUACCCUCAUGGUUGAUGCACUUAUUGUAAAUCGCUCUGGAUCAAUGCGUCAGCUGAAUGAAAUGUAAUCUAACUGUGUAUUUUUGAAUGCUCAGCUUUUUUUAUUUUUUAAGGUCAAUCGUGCUUCUAGUGAACUGGCUUUUUGAAAGAUUCAAACUUACACUCUGUCUCAUAUGCAAAUUAAAUCUAUGAAUACAA